CCUACAAAUAAAGCUACAAAUAGUAAUGCGUAUACACCCCCUCCGACCGUAUCAUGUCUUCCACGAACAAACCAACUUGAAGUUUUAUUGACAAUUAUCCGAAAUAAAGAAACUCAUCGUGAAGACUUUAUUUUUUAUUCUGAUAGAAUAAUUAGGCUCCUUGUCGAAGAAGGACUAAACCAUUUACCCGUUGUUGAAAAGAAAAUUACCACACCAACAGGUGAAGCAAUGGAACAAGGGCUGCGUGAUUGUUGCAGGAGCGUACGAAUCGGAAAGAUUUUGAUCCAGCGUGAUGAAGAAACUGCACUACCUAAGCUUUAUUAUGCAAAAUUACCUCCAGAUGUCGAGAAUAGAUACGUAUUGUUGUUAGAUCCAAUGCUUGCAACUGGUGGAUCAGCAAUUAAGGCUGUAGAAGUGUUGUUGUCUUAUGGUGUUAAAGAAGAAAAAAUUUUGUUUUUGAAUCUAGUUGCAGCACCUGAGGGCAUUCAAGCCAUCACUUCAAAGUAUUCAAAACUCAAGAUUUUAACUGCAUACAUUGACGAAGGUUUAAAUGAGAAAAAGUAUAUUAUACCUGGAUUAGGUGAUUUUG